ACAACAGUGUACUUGUAUGUAAAUCAGGGAGCCUAAUGAAUGGCUCUUUCACUCAUGCGAUUCGGUUCAUAAAAAAAAAAAGAGCAGCUAGGUCGCGAACGACCCAUCACAGUGAAAUGGCAACUUAUGAAAGCACUAAUGAAGCAAAGGACACCACAUCUCCAAACAAGAAUGACAAAACUUGCUGUUUCUGUAAUAUUGCCAAGGAACAGUCGGGAUCGGACACAGAAAUGCAGCUUUUUGAUGAUGAACUAGUCUGCUUUCGUGACCUGAAACCCGGGGCACGGCAUCAUUACCUGGUUGUACCUAGGACACACUCCGGAAGGAGCACAUACCUUUGGCCCAUAUAUUAUCCUCUGAAAUGUUGUGUACAUAAUCACAUGGUGUCUGAAUGGAGAGUAUUGAUAGGCUCUUUAAUUUCUGCAGUGGAGAAGAUGGAGGAGAUGGGAAGGAGUGUACUGCAGAAGAAAAAGGUGACUGACCUGGAUGACAUAAGGAUGGGGUUCCACAUGCCCCCUUUCUCCUCUGUCCCUCACCUACAUCUCCACGUCAUUGCUCCUGUCAGAUGAGCAUCAGGUCACUCAGGAACUAUGGGCCACAAUCCUAUUGGUUCAUCACUGUAGACAAAGUGCUCCAGCAGUUAAGGACCCAGAACCAGGUCAAAUAAGAACACACCUGGUUUAGCAGGAAACAACAGCACUGGUCAACAACUCUUACAUGCUUGACUGCAUUCCCUCCCUAUACUUAACAUCCACUAACCUGAAGGACUGGCCUGCAAAAAUAUUUGUUUUGUUUUUGGUUAAAAAACACAGUAAAAUCACCAGGAAUUCUGC